AUGACCAAGUUCCGUCGCGGCGACAUUUGGGUCCUCAUCACAACCGACCUGCUCGCGCGCGGCGUCGAUUUCCGCGGACUGAACGGCGUAGUGAACUACGACGUGCCCAACAGCGCAGCCGCGUACGUGCACCGCGUCGGCCGAACCGGGCGAGCUGGUCGCGCUGGAGGCGUCGCCGUCACGUUCUACACUCAAGAAGACAUCCCAUACGUAAAGCUCAUCGCAAACGUUAUCCGUGCGGCGGAGAAGCUGAGGGGUGUCGCCGAAGAAGAGCAGAGUGUAAAGCAGUGGCUGUUAGAUGCACUGCCCACGCCGACGAAGAGGGAGAAGCAGGAAUUGAAGAAGAAAGGUGUGGAGGCGAGGAGGAGUGCGAAGACGGAUGACGGGAAGAACAAGGCGCGCAUCAGUACGAAGAGCGGGUAUGAGCGGCGUGUUGAGAACAGAAAGAGAGGAGCGAGGAUUGGUAGCAAGCAGCGGCAGGAACAGGAGCCGCGGAGGAAGGUAGAGGAGGCGAGUGAAAGUGAGUUUGAAGGCUUUGAGUAG